AUGGCACGAAAAAACAGGAAGGUCCUGCUCGUGCUGGAUAACUGUGCGGCGCACCAUGUGCAGCCUUCCUUGAGUGCAGUGACAGUGCUCUUCUUGUUUCCCAAUGCAACCUGCAAAAUUCAGCCGCUAGAUAUGGGCAUCAUUCAUGCGUUCAAGGUGUGCUACCGGCGGCGCGUCAUCCAACGCUUGUUGAUCGCGAUUGAUGCUGCCAUGCCAGUUCCCAUCAGCUUGCUUGCCGCCGUGGACAUGUUGAAAGCGGCGUGGAUGGAACUCACCGCGGAGUGCAUAGAAAAUUGCUUCCGCAAGGCGGGUUUUAUGGGCCCAGGCACCGAGGACGCCAUAGAUCACCCACCGGAAGGCCGGUCGCACGAGGACUUGUGGCAACGCGUCGUUGACACGCAGCUGGCCGGACCUGACGUUGCCUGGGACGAUUUCGUUUCUGCUGAUGACGACGCCGACAUUGCGGAGCCAUGCACUGACGAAGUUAUUGUGCGUGAAGUGCGAGCCCUUCGUGACUGCCCAGAGACCGACGAGGACGGUGACGAGGAUGCUGCUCUACCGCCGGUUGCUGUGAACGCUUCAACCGCGAUCGGUUACAUCGCGUCGCUUAAGGAACUCGUGUGCAGCAGAGGCCUUAAGCGAAAUUAG